CAUACUUAAAUUAACAACUACAUUUCAUAUAGCAAGAAAUUAAUAUAAUGAGUGUUAAUGUGAGUAUGAUCAAGGUUGGCCCUGCAGGAGGACAAUGGGGAACUGAUUGGGAUGAAAAGGGAAAAGGCGAAAUAGCCAAGAUUUUUGUUUCCGACAGUGAAUAUAAAAUUUGUUCACUUCAAUUUCUGUUCGUUGAGAAUGGCCGCUUUGUUUUGUCUGACAAACAUGGUUCUGCUACAACAAGCAAAUACUUCAACACAGUUGCCUUGGAUUUCCCAUCAGAAUUUCUUACUUCCAUAAGUGGUUUCUACGGAUCCUCUGAAUUAACAUCAAUAACAUUUGUCACCAACAAGCAUACCUAUGGACCAUAUGGCGCAAUGGCCCCUUCAUCAACCUGUGAGGAAUUCAUCUUUCAACUAGGAGUUGAUCGUUGUUUCGGUGGAUUUCACGGCACUAAAUAUUCUAAUCACAUUGAGAGUAUUGGGGUAUAUGUGAAGACCCUCACGCGCUCCAUGAUCACACCCACAAACUCUCAAGUAAGAGUUACCCGUCGAGUAGCGGUUAAAAGAGAAGAAGUUUAAAUCAAAAUAUUUUCUAUCUUGAAAAGUUCCAAUAUUGGACUGAUUACUUGUAUUUCUUUAUGCUUGUAUCCAAAAAUCCCCGAAUGAAGAUUGAAAGCGGAGAAGACUACUUCAAAGCAUGUUCUUUUAUCUUUAA